CACACACACACACACACAUUCAUGCAGAUCCCACAUGUUGAUUAUCUUGCUACCUUGAUAUAUCUGUCAUCUUCCUUCCUAAAUUUAGAUGUGGUCUGCCUCCCUCUGCCUCUCAGACUCAGUUCCCAUUAGAGAGCUUGCAAUCAGAGAAGGUGUGUAACCAAACCCAGYACAGGCAGGUAAAAGGAGCCGCGCUCAGGAAAGUAGCCCCAAAGGCACAGGGAGUGCUCUGGUUACGGUUCUGUGUGUGCGUACGCGAGCAUUGUUUCUACUCACUUCUAUUUAUGUGUGGCAGUCAGAAAAGAGGUGAAAAGCAGAGCUCAGAAUAAGGUGCAGAGACAGAGAAAGGCAGGAUUACAUCGAUGGCAGAAUAGAGGGAAAGUAGCGAGGGAGAAGCAGAGGAUGGGAGGAACAAGCGGCAGAGAGAGGCUUAAGAUUACAAAGGAAAGCAUCUUUUGUAGCGGUCGUGACAGACAGCUCGUGUUUUGAGAGAGAGCGAAGGACUCCUUCAGUGCACAACCAUAACGUUUUUUAGUGCCACUGAGGAUGUUCUCCUCCGCUGAUCAAACUUGCAUUUGACAAACUAGGUACCUUGGACUUUGAGGAAGGUGAAGAGGAGGGUGAAGGCAUUUGAUGUGAUUGAUCCAAUAGGGAGCAGAGCCAAAGGAGGGGCAAACACAAAACCCCCAGAGAAGUGUAGUCUGUGGGGGGAUCCCAGUGAUUGAGCCUUCAGGGUGAAUAACAAGUCAUGCAAGAACAGAGUUGAAGCUGCUCAACAGGAGAGAAGAGAGAGAGAGAGGGUAGGCUGCGGGAGCCCAUCUAAGCAGUCCAGAGCAAAAUUAGUCCACAGAGAAAGAGGGCUUGACAUUGGACUGAAAGGAGAUCAAGGUUGACUCAAGUCUUUGCUGCCUCUAACCUGAUUAGGGAGAACAGCACCCAAAGGUGGAGGCGAGCUGGGGGAGACACGAUCAACAGAAAGCAAGAGCCAGCAAGAAAGGAAGAAAAAGAGAAAGAAUUACAAGAGGGCGACUGACGAAAGGAGCCUCUUAAAUCUGGGAGCUGGAAUUAAAGCCGCAGGAACUGCAGAGGGGAAGCCACAAAACCGCAGUGAAGAUGCCUGCUAAUGAAAACAGCUCCUUGAAGUUGCAGUUUGGUCUAAUCAACCACGAGGGUCGCUACCUCACUGCAGAGGCCUUUGGUUUUAAGGUGAAUGCAUCGGCUCCCAGCCUCAAAAAGAAGCAGAUAUGGACUCUAGAGCACGACUCCCAGGACUCCCAAGUGGUGUAUUUACGCAGCCACCUGGGACGCUACUUGGCUUCUGACAAGGAUGGCAAAGUCACUUGCGAGGCAGAUGGCCACAACUCAGACUGCCGAUUCCUCAUUGUAGCUCAGUCAGACGGCCGCUGGGCCCUGCAGUCUGAGCAAUACCUGCGCUUCUUUGGCGGCUCGCGGGACUACCUGUCCUGCUUUGCUCAGACAAUCACAGAUGCCGAGCUGUGGGCAGUGCACCUGGCGCUCCAUCCUCAGGCCAACCUUCUGUCAGUCGCCCGUAAGCGCUAUGCCCACCUCGCCAUGGAGGACGGGGAAAUCGCAGUGGAUGUGAACAUACCCUGGGGUGUGGAAGCCCUCCUGACCCUCGUCUACCUGGAUGGGAAGUACUGCCUUAAGACUUGUGACAGCCGGUUCCUCAGCAGCGAUGGAAAGCUGGUGAAAGAGAGUGGGAAAGGCACAGCGUACACGCUAGAACUGAAGUGCGGGAAGCUCGCCUUUAAAGAUUGCGAGGGGAGAUAUUUGUCUCCCAUGGGGCCAACGGGCACCCUGAGAUCUGGACGAUGCUCCAAGCCAGGCAAAGAUGAACUGUUUGACUUGGAAGAAAGCCAUCCACAAGUGGUUCUGACAGCAGCUAAUGGCCGAUAUGUCUCCAUUAGACAAGGAGUGAGCCUCGCCGCCAAUCAGGAAGACGAGACAGACAUGGAGACGUUUCAGAUGGAAAUUGACAAGGAAACUAAGAAGUGCACGUUCCGCACCAGCCAAGGGCACUACUGGGCUCUGGUGGCUCAUGGAGGCAUCCAGUGUACGGCAUCAGAAGUAUCAGCAAAUACCAUGUUUUCAGUGGAGUGGCUCAGCCACAAGGUGGCACUAAAAGCCAGCAAUGACAAAUACAUCUGCAUCAAGAAGAAUGGGCAGCUGCUUGCAGUCAGUGACUCCACAGGUGAGGAUGAGCAGCUCACUUUGAAACUAAUCAACCGGCCCAUGCUGAUCCUGAGAGGGGAGAAUGGCUUCAUCUGUCACCACAAGAACUCCAACACGCUGGACGCCAGCAGAUCAGUUUACGACAUUUUCACCCUGAUAUUCAGAGAUGGAGCUUACCACAUUAAAGGUAUUGAUGGGCGGUUCUGGUAUGUGAACAGUGCCGGGCUGGUGUGUUCAGAYGGUGAGGCGCCAGAGGAUUUCGCUCUGGAGCUCCUGGAGCGUGGACGCCUCGCUAUCCGUGGCAAAAACGGCAAAUACCUGCGUGGAGACCAAGGAGGCACUCUUAAAGGAGAUGGACUCAGCCUGAGCAGCUCUGCCCUGUGGGAAUAUUAAAUGUUCAAAGUUUAGCUUCUUCUUUAAAAAAAAAAUUUUUUUGACACCAACAAACUUCCACUUUAGCAUCAAUCAGUAAUUUAACAUUAAACUCAGAUGUGAAGACAGACAGGUAAAAAAAUAUUCAACCAAUGAAGUGAAGUGUUUUGAGUUAGAUCUCAAAGCUGCAAAUUUACUUUUGUGCUCCUCCUUUGGAAUUUUUCUUAAUAGGCAUUGGAUGCAGUUAUUGUCUGAACCUAAAGAAAUAAAGGCAUGCAGAUUAUAUUACA